CAAGAGAAAGAGAGUAGGAAAUCUCUUCCUCUCAGUAGUUUUAGAGCCGUCCUUGAUAGCAAUAGUAGCAAGAGUUUGACUGAAGUGUAUAAUGGUGGGUUCAGUUCGAGGUUGCACGAUCCAGAAAGCUCGAAGAAGUUGGCUUGAGUAAGAAAUCAAAAAAUGGUAGCAGUGCUGGUGAUGUUUCAGUUAGUUUGGGUAACAAUGAUGCGAGGAUCCCAAAGCGUAAACGGCGGUUUGGGGGGCUGCGCAAAUUUGGGGAUGGUCAAGUGUUGAAGUUGACAGGGUGGUCUAAUAGUAAAGAAGUUGUUAAUGAGGAAGUGAAGUUAACCAGUGAAGAUUCUGGCACUCAGAAUGAGUCUUUGAAAAAAAAGGAAGAUUGAUGAUCUUAAGGAAGCGGAACAGUGAGCCAAGAUCGAUUCAGCUUUUGAAGGAAGAAGAUGGUACUGCUGGUUACUCAGCUGUAAAUGGCGGUGACUCUUUGAUAAAAAAAUCAUGUAGGAAGUCUAGGAAGAGGAAGGAUUCAGUAAAGGGUGAUAAAAGUGUUGCUAACAAGGCUGAGAGUUCAGUAGAGGCUUGUGAUGUCUUUCAAGAUGAUGAAGAGAAUCUUGAAGAAAAUGCAGCAAGAAUGUUAUCAUCACGGUUUAACCCAUGCUGUACUGGCUUUUCUUCAAACAACAAAGUUUCUGUAUCACCAUCCGAGAAUGGUUUAUCUUUUCUCAUAUCUUCUGGUCAGAGUGCUAGUCCUGGAUCUAAGAAUUUGUCUGGUUCCGAAUCUGCUUCUAUCUAUGCUUCAUUAUUAAAGGUAGAUAUAAUAUGUCCUUAUCCUUUGACUCUUAUACAAUCACCAUUCCCCUACUGGUAUGAUCUAAAAGCACAUUGUGAUUACCAUGAUAGAAUUGUUGGUUAUUCCAUUGAGAAUUGUUUAGCCUUUAAAAGGGUAGUUCAAAAUUUGAUUAAUGUUGAGAGAUUGAAGUCCAAUUCACCAGUUACAUCAAAUCAUCCAAUACCAAAUCACGGAGAUAAAGGGGUGAAUGCAAUCCAUGAAGAGGAAAGCAAAGGUCGAUGUUUCUGA